CUGCUGCUGUUUCUUCAGGGCUUGUGUCACAGCCAAGGACAGAGAAGGCUUUGACGUUUCCCCGUCUUCUACAAGCCCUUACUCAGGACCUGCUCCAGCAGAACGGGACCCAAAGCAGACCUGAUGGGAAAGCAGUGCAGCCUGUCACAUGACUUGCUGUUAUUAAAGGACCUGCUGUUGAGAGCUUUGAGGACAGCUGCAUGUAGGAGGGGUGGCUCAAGAUGGCUGAUCUAAGGUUUUGCGGAAUAAAGAAAUGGAGCUCGCAUAGUAUGCUACUAGGACUUGGUAUCUUUAUUUUGGUCAGUACAUUUGGCAUUGCAACCUCCACUUUUGAUAGUAAGUCAGAUUCAUGUGAUGUAAUCCCUGCAAGUCGAUUUGACUGCGCACCAGAGAAAGGUGUAACAAAGAAAGAAUGUGAAGCACGUGGUUGCUGUUAUUGUCCAGCAGAGAAAAAUCCCGGCAUUGGACAGCCAUGGUGUUUUUUUCCAUCAACAUAUCCCAGCUAUAAAUUGACCAGCAAAACGGAAACAGAACAUGGAUUUACUGCCAUACUUGUUCGAUCCAAAGAGACUUUUAUGCCAAAAGAUAUUAUAACUUUGCAGCUUGUGGUUUCAUUUGAGACUGAUGACCGUCUGCAUUUUACUAUUAAGGACCCAGCACAAAAGCGAUAUGAGGUUCCCAUAAAAACUCCUUGUGCGACAAGAAAGGCAACCAAUACGAAGUAUGAUGUUCAAAUUACCCCUGACCCCUUCAGUCUUGUAGUGAAAAGAAAGAGUAAUGGACAGAUACUGAUGAAUACAGCCUUGGCUCCACUCCUGUUUGCAGAUCAGUUCUUACAAAUUUCAACAUCUCUGCCAUCUCAUUAUAUAUAUGGUUUGGGGGAGCAUCUCACUUCCAUCAAUCUAAACACUGAUUGGUCCCGACUAACUUUUUGGAACAGAGAUAUUAUACCUGUGAAAGAAGCAAAUUUGUAUGGUUCUCAUCCAUUCUACUUGGCUUUGGAAAAAGAUGGUUCAGCUCAUGGGGUGUUCCUGCUCAAUAGCAAUGCCAUGGAUGUACUCCUUCAGCCAACCCCAGCCCUUACCUGGAGAACUGUAGGAGGCAUUCUGGACUUUUAUGUGUUUUUAGGUCCAGAGCCCAAGUCUGUGGUUCACCAAUAUCAUGAAACGAUAGGGCUUCCCUUUAUGCCUCCUUUUUGGAGCCUAGGUUUCCAUAUAUGCCGUUGGGGAUAUUCAACUUCAAAUAUGACUCAAGAGGUUGGGAGAAAUAUGAGCAAAGCAAAUAUGCCUUUGGAUGUGCAGUGGAAUGACAUUGACUACAUGGAUGAAUAUCGAGACUUUACAUAUGAUAAAAAGCGUUUUGGGGAUUACCCUAACAUGGUCAAAGAUUUACAUGCACAAGGGCUGAAAUACGUAUUAAUUGUGGACCCCGCCAUCAGCAGUACAGGCCCUCGUGAUUGUUACCCUCCUUAUGAUGAUGGACUAAAAAGAGGUGUUUUUAUAAAAAAUGCAACUGGACAGCCUCUUGUUGGGAAGGUGUGGCCAGGUCUUACAGUGUUUCCUGAUUUUACAAACCCUGAAACAUUUAAUUGGUGGUAUGAUAUGAUGAAGAACUUUCAUGACCAGGUUCAUUUUGAUGGCUUGUGGAUUGAUAUGAAUGAGCCUUCUAACUUUGUUCCUGGUUCAGUAAAUAACUGCCCAGACAACAAUAUUGAAAACCCUCCAUAUGUCCCAGCUGUAGUGGGAGGUACAUUAAGGCAUGCUACAAUCUGUGCAUCAAGUCAGCAACAUAUCUCUUCACAUUAUAACCUUCACAAUCUAUAUGGACUGUCUGAGGCAGUAGCAUCCUACCAUGCUAUGGUGAAGAUCCGGGGAAAGCGUCCUUUUGUGAUAUCCAGAUCCACAUUUUCCAGUCAUGGGCACUAUGCAGGUCAUUGGACAGGUGAUGUGGAGAGCACCUGGGAGCAGCUCUACUACUCAGUACCAGCAAUAUUACUUUCAAACAUUUAUGGCAUCCCUUUGGUUGGGGCAGAUAUAUGUGGUUUCAUUGGGAAUACAACUGAAGAGUUAUGUGUGCGAUGGAGUCAACUUGGUGCUUUUUACCCAUUUAUGAGAAAUCAUAAUAAUCGUGAUGCUCGGGCACAAGAACCAUAUGUUUUUUGCAAGGAAUCUCAAGAAGCCAUAAGGAAUGCUUUGCACAUACGAUAUUCACUGCUUCCAUACCUUUAUACAUUGUUUCAUAAGGCUCACAUUCUGGGAGAGACUGUUGCCCGUGCACUUUUUCUCGAGUUUCCUACUGACCAAAACACUUGGACAAUUGACCGGCAGUUCCUUUGGGGAGAUGCACUACUUAUCACCCCAGUCCUUGAGCAGGGAAAGACUGAUGUUAAUGGAUACUUUCCUGCAGGAACAUGGUAUGCACUUCAAACGGGUGUACAAAUUCAAAGUAAGGGCCAGUGGAUCAAUCUUCCAGCACCAAUGAAUGCAAUUAAUGUUCAUGUUCGAGGUGGCCAUAUUCUGCCUGCACAGAUACCAGGUAUGACUACAGAAGAGGCACGCAAGAAUAAGAUGUAUUUAGUGGUGGCACUUACACCAGAGGGAUUUGCACGAGGAGAUCUAUUCUGGGAUGAUGGGGACAGUUUAGGAACUUAUGAAAGGAUGGAUUAUACACAAGUGGUUUUUAUUGCUGUGAAUAAUGCACUUGUUAGUGAGGUGAUGCAACUAAACAGUGAAACAGACAGCCUAACGCUGGCAUCGGUGGAAAUAUAUGGCAUACUAAACCCUCCCAAGAAGGUUCUUGUUAAUCAGGUGCCCACCCAAGAUUUUGCAUUCAGAGGAGAUACCAAGGUUUUGACAAUCUCAAAGCUCUGUCUGCAAAUAGGAAUCCAGUUUUCAAUUACAUGGUCUUGAUGCUGCUGCUCCACUUAAGGAAAUAAGAAGUCCAAAGAAGCUCAGAAGCUCCUUUAAUUUGUUGCAUUUUCUUUCAGUAUAUUGAUUGGCAUGGUGUAUUGUUAAAGGGGUACUCCGCCCCUAGACAUCUUAUCCCCUAUCCAAAGGAUAGGGGAUAAGAUGUCAGAUCGCCGGGGUAACGCUGCUGGGGACCCCGGGGAUCGCUGCUGCAGCAC